CUAGGGCGAUGGCAUCAGAGUACUGCUAAACAUUCAAGCGAGAGCAGCUCCAGAUCGGCCCAAGCAAUACAUUCCCGGGUUAUUAGCUUAUACAAGUUAAACUGUGCCCUAUCGCGCGCGAGGAAGAUGCGAUCAACCGCUCUGCGCAACUCGCUUUGAGCUCCUCCUUUCCUGCUCGCUGGCAACCACAUGCGGGAGCUACAUAGCAGCUACGCAACAGAAAUGGUCACGGUGCAUGUGCGUGCCUGGGUGAAGCACAGAGAAUGCGCAAACUGGCAUGCAGCUGUGGGCCCCAACACCAAGCGCAAGAGCAUCGCUCUGUUAGUACUUAUGGCCCUAGUCGCAGUCCUCUUUAGAAGCGCGGCAGCGUCAGCACCGGUCAAGGUUGGGAACUACAUCAAGGCCUCCGAGGGCGGCGCACUGGCCGGCGGCGGCGCCAGCAGCAACAGCCGCAUCCCGGCCACGUGUGAUGUGGCCAUCGUGGGGGGUGGUAUCGGCGGCAUGUACGCAGCCUACCGCAUCCUCACCGGCGGCGUCACGGUGGCGGCGGCGGAUACUGCUGCAGCGGGUAGUGGCGGCGGCGGUGACGGCUCGCAGCAACAGCAGCAGCAGCAGCAGCAGCAGACCCGGCCGCCGGUGGUGUGCACCUUUGAGGCCACAAACCGCAUCGGCGGCAGGAUCUUUUCUCUUCGCGGCAUGGGCGGCCGCGGUGACCUGUGUGUGGACGUGGGCGCGUACAGAUACGUGGACGGCCGACACACGCUGGUGCAGGGUGUUGUGGAAAAUCUGCUGGGACUCAACUACACACUGUACGAUCCCGCCAGCCCCAUCUUCCGCAAGCUGGUGGACGGGCGCGGCGACGACGUGGGGUUCGUGUCGGUGGUGGAGGGGCUGGCGGCGCGGGCGGUGGACAAGGGGCUGAAGCUGUUCCUGAACACGGCCGUGACACGGGUGGACCGCCUCCCUCCCUACCCCGCUCGGAGCUACCGCAACGCCAGCAGCAGCAACAGCAGCGGCAGUAGCAGCAGCAGCAGUACGGCACCGGAGGCGGAGGGGCCGCCGCCCAAGUACCAACUGACGCUGUACACCACCAGCGGCCGGGCUGUGCGUGUGUCCGCCGCCCGCGUCAUCUUCAACGUGCCGCAGCGGCCGCUCAUGCGCAUCCUGCAGGCCUCCAACCUCGCCACCUUCACACCGUGGAGUCGGGCUCUGGACAUGCCGUUUCCCUACAUGGCCGCAAAGAUGUAUUUGUACUACGAAGACACAUGGUGGAUCUACAUGAACCUGACCACGGGCUCCUUCGCCGCCCCUGCCUUUGACACGCCGGGCGUGGAGAGCGACCCCACCCUCUUCACGCAGCCGCCCCUGCGCGCCCGUUACCACGACGGAGACUGGAAGUGUGACGGUGACGACGACGCCUGGUCCGCUGCUGCCGCCGCCGGCGGGCCGCCGCCGCCGCCGCCGCGCUGCCACGGUUUCCUGCUGUACACCUACCUCUCCGACAACUCCUACUCCGGCGGCGCCAACAGGAACGGUCAGGGUCUGAACACCCCGCCGUGGUCUGGUGUGGUGCCGCGCUUUUACUGGAACAUAGCCGUGAACCCAGACAUGUCUAAGCCCUACGUGGUCCUGGACGCGAGCACCAACUCGGCCGAGCAACUGCUGGCCGCGGCACACCGCAAGCUGGUGGCCUACCACCAGUCUGUCGGCAAGCCCAUCCCGGAGCCCUACGCCUCCACGCUGCCCACACAGGCUGUGGUGGUGGUGUGGGACCCCUCCGUGUUUUGGACGGGUGGCGCCUGGCACGGCUACAAGAACGGGGCCUUGGGCGGCAUGGUCAACACCAGCGCCCAGGCCGACCCCGCGCAGUCCGUGCCCGUGGCCGCCAUAAAGCCCUGGGAGCACGAGCAGCUGUUCGUGGUGAACGAGGCGUUUGCGCCCGGCGCUUUCCAGGGCUGGGCGGAGGGCUCCGUGCUGCUGGCCGAGAACGUGGUGAGCAGCCACUUUGGCGCCGCCCGCCCCGCCUUCCUGCCCCCCGACCGACAUGACUGCGUGCUGUUCGCCACCUACAACCACAACGCCACGCUGUGCAGCCUCAGCCUCAACCCGCUGGUGCAGGGGCAGACACGCAGGCGGCGGCGGCAGUAGCGGCAGGCGGCAGUAGCGGCGGUGGUAGCGGCGGCGGCAGUAGCGGCGGUGGUAGCGGUGCUGGUGGCGGCGGCGACAGGCGCGGCGAUAGCGCAGCGUGCGGGGUGUGGGCGUGCGGGGCGCGCGCCUUAGUGGCUGGGAGUGGCGUAGCGACCCGUGUGGACUAUGCGUCGUCAAGCUAUGGGUCGUGAUUACGAGGGUCGGUACUCGCCGGAGCCCAACAAAUUCGCAAAACACGGUUACUUCUUCGGAGCAAAAUAACUUCUUCGAAGCAAAGUAUGAGCAUCGGAGCAGGCAGGUUCUCAGGACGAAUUAGUGGAAUGCCGGACGGGGCUUCGGAGGUGCCUCGUAUACCGCAGCUGCUUCUGAAUGCAGCAUCUGCCGUUUGCCUAACUUUAUCUCGCUUACUGCUUGUUUUUGCUUCGCUUAGCUAGAUGAUACUGUACGCCCGCCCCUGCGUACGGCGUGUGUGCGUGGGCCGCUUCUUAUGGUGGCCGUGUUGGUUCGUGCGAAGCCGUGUGCUGCCGUGUGGCACUUGGGAGACGCCUGCUGACGGUCACUAGGUCGAAGUGAACUCGGAUAGUAUUUAUUGAUACGGUGAGGUGUGAGCAGGUCCCAAUAGUCAAUAGGGCGCGUGCGUCGGUGAAAUGAGUGGGUCGGUGUUUGCUUUCUUCAGAUUGUGGGCUAGCUUUUGAUACUCCCAGGCCAGGCGGACGUGUUUGGCGAGGUUUGGCGCGUUUGUGCGUUCCCCUUUUGGCGCAGUGACUGCCAAUGCCCGCCGUGAAUGUCACGGCGUGGAAACCCAUGCACAAAAUUGGCCCACGUAAAAGUUACGUAUGAAAUCAGUUG